UUGGAGGCCAUUUUGAUUUUGAAUAUGUAAAAUACAAAAAAUCAAAAAUCAAUCAUGGUCUCUGAGCUCAUUGGGAAUGACAAUGCAGAGGUGAAGUUCUCCUUCUACUAUUGUGUAUUCAGUUUCCUAUCAAGUGGAAUUCUGGUUCUAGUCUUCGUGCUCUGUGAGGGGGUUUCUGCAUUUGGAAAUAUACUCCACAGUCCUCAGUUUCUCCUAGGUGCAGCUCUCUUCAAAUUCCUUAAGGUUUGGCUCUCCAAACAACUUACAGGACACUCGGGUAGUUUACGCCUGAUCUGGGGCCCUAUCCACGAUACUAAACCUAUCAGGGGCCCUUUCCUCCGGAAGGUUUGGAUCAAAGGAUCCAGGUUUCUACAAUCCCUGACUCCUGUCCUGCAUCUUCUCAAGGGGGUUCUUGUUCUCAUCCUUUCCUGGGCCUUCCUUACAUACGUCACAGUUUGUUUUGGUGCACCAGUCAGCACUCAUUGGCAAGAAACUGGAUCCUUCGCCGCCCUUCUUGUUCUACUAUCAACCUAUCCAAUACUACUUACUAAAGGAACUAGUUUUGAGUCCUUGAAGCAGGUUCUUCUACAAGAAGAAGUCCCAAGGCUUUCUUUCUCUUCCUUUCCUUUACAGAGAUCACCGCCCUUGGAUACCUGUCUGUACUAUAACACCCUCUUCAGUCUAGUUGGGGCGUGGCUGGGGGCGUUCCCAAUACCCUUGGACUGGGACAGAGAUUGGCAGGUUUGGCCUAUAUCCUGCUGUCUGGGUGCUGUGAUAGGGUCCAUUCUCUCAAAUCUUAUUGGAGCUACAACCCUUUGCAGCCGAGUUGUUAAGCUGUCCUCUAAGAGAAAAUAUAUUUAGACAAAAAAAACUUUAUAAAGUGAUAAACACUUAAUCUAGUGAUAUAACUGCAUUUAAUGGAUCUUAGUGAGAUAA